UCCGUAUAGUGUAUAGCUGCGUUGUCCAUUUUCGAAAUCAUUUUAUCAUGGUUAAGUUAGGUUAUAUCGUAUACAUCAAAUCAUAGAAUUAAUUUCUUUUAAGUUAGUGCUGUAAGCAAAAAAAACUAAUUUUUUUGGUUUGAAGUGCAACAAAUAUAAUUCCAAGGCUUUAUUUGUUAAAUAUAAUAAACGAUUUUGUAUUGUAAACGUAGACAGCUAGUAUAGGGUAGUUAUCUUCAGCAUUAAGAUAAAAGAGCAUAACUGCUUAGUCAAUCGUGAGCCUACUAAAUAAGCAACCGGCGUUUCUUCAUUCUUCAUUUUCCAACAUCCAACGACGACGACAAAAAAGGAAAGUAAUACAAUUUAUAAUUAGAAAGUUACGUGUCGACUUUAAUUAUCAUUUGGAUAUCUUUAAGAUAACUAUAUAAAAGAAAAAACAAAUUAAGUGCAACGUUUAAAUAUAUAAUUCUCAUAAAACAAACACAAUUCACUAGUUUGUACGACAAAACAAAUAAAAUAAAAAAAAAAACAGAUUUUUCUUUAUUGAAUAUCGCCCAAGACUUGAAAACAAAAAGUAAUUAUAAUCACAAUUACGUCAAUUAUUAAAAAAAGCCCGCAAAAAAUCAUGGAGGAAGAUGAGAGAGGCAAAUUAUUUGUUGGCGGUUUGUCAUGGGAAACAACGCAGGAGAAUCUGUCGCGGUAUUUCUGUCGUUUUGGCGAAAUUAUUGAUUGUGUUGUAAUGAAAAACAAUGAGAGUGGCCGAUCACGUGGAUUUGGAUUUGUAACGUUUGCGGACCCGGCAAAUGUGAAUCAUGUCCUGCAAAGUGGACCUCAUUCGUUGGAUGGCAGGACGAUUGAUCCGAAGCCAUGUAAUCCCAGGACGUUGCAGAAGCCAAAGAAGGGAGGAGGCUACAAAGUGUUUCUGGGUGGUUUGCCGUCUAAUGUCACCGAAACUGAUUUGAGGACUUUCUUUGGACGUUAUGGAAAAGUAACCGAAGUGGUUAUUAUGUAUGACCAAGAGAAGAAAAAAUCUCGUGGAUUUGGUUUCUUGUCGUUCGAAGAGGAAUCUUCGGUAGAGCAUGUGACUAAUGAACGCUACAUCAAUCUGAAUGGCAAACAGGUUGAAAUCAAAAAAGCUGAACCCAGAGAUGGAUCUGGUAACAAUAGUAACAACAGUGGCGUUGGGGGAGGAUACGGUAAAAUGAAUAAUGAAUGUAACCAUUGGGGACCACACCAUGCUCCUAUCAACAUGCUUCAAGGUCAGAAUGGACAAAUGGGAGGCCCACCUCUAAACAUGCCCAUUGGAGCCCCGAACAUGAUGCCAGGCUACCAGGGUUGGGGUACAUCUGCUCAGCAGCAGGGUUAUGGCUACGGAAGCAGUGGACCGGGAUCCUACCAAGGAUGGGGUGCACCUCCAGGUCCUCAAGGACCUCCACCCCAAUGGAGCAACUAUGCAGGACCACAACAAACCCAAGGGUAUGGUGGAUACGAUAUGUACAGUUCGACCUCAACCGGAGGCCCAUCUGGACCUUCAGGAGGCGGCAGCUGGAACUCGUGGAAUAUGCCACCUAACUCUGCAGGUCCGGCUGCACCAGCUGCUGGUGGUGGUUCAGCAACGGAUAUGUAUUCUCGUGCUCAAACGUGGGCUGCUGGUGGUCCAUCUUCAACCGGCCCCGUUGGCGGAAUCCCAAGAGCUGGCCCUGGAAAUUCAGCUUCGAAAUCUGGUUCAGAAUAUGACUACGGCGGUUACGGAUCUUCGGGCUACGAUUACGAGUACAGUAACUAUGCAAAAGAACAAGGUGCAUCAACUUAUGGUGCCGGCCCAAGAUCAGCCUACGGUAACGAUAGUUCAUCGCAGCCGCCAUAUCCCGCUUCACAAGCUGUUUAAGGUAGCAUUUUUUGAUUGAGCAAAUUGUAUAAAAAUUGAACUACAGAGAUUUAUUCAAAUUUUCAAUUUAUUAAUACACAUACAUUAAAAAUAUUUGACACAAUUAUAAAAUUUAGCUAAUUAUAUAUAUGAAAAAUACAAACUAUUUGCUAAAAAUUGAUAAAAAGAACACAAAAAAAAUAGAAUGCGGAAGUAAUAACUAAAUUUACCGUCUGCUCGUCGAACUGUUAAGUAAUAUUUAUUGGUAAUUUUAAAAGAAAGAAACAUAAACAGAAAAAGAAAAACAAAAGUUACGAAAAUAGUUUGCACGUACACAAUAAAUUGUAUUAUUUUCUUUUGCAUUACAAAACUAGAUGAUUUGUUUAUAAUAAUUGUCAAACAAAACGUCGGCAGAGAAGUGUGUAUUCGGUUACAAAUAUAUAUAUUAUAUACAUAUACAAAAUAUAUUAUAAAAAGUUAAAUUAAAAAUACAAAAAAAAAAAAACAUAUUUAAAAAAGAGACACUUUACUAAAUUAAGAAAUAGGUAAUAUUAACUUCUACUACUACUUAAAAUGGGAUAAGUUCAAAAAUUAACGCAAAAAUCACCUGACGUAAUUAUAAAUAUUAUUAAUUCAAUAUUUCAUAGAGAAAAAUAAAGUAGAAUUAAAUAAAGUAAAAGUAAAAUUAAAGAAAAUAGUAAUAAAUCGAUUAAAACUCUGACUGUUAAUUAUAAAACAAUUUGUUUAACUAUGAAAAGAAAAGAAAAAAAAAUUCAAAUAUCAUACACCAUUGGUAAUCAUAAUUAUGAUUUAGCUUUUAAAGCCCUUGCUUUAAUUAAAUUACUACGAUGCAUAGGUUAUUAUUAGAGAGUAUCCGAUAAAAGUUAUUUUAUGUAAGGGGAAUGUCCAAGUAAAAUACGAUUUGAUUUGAUUUAAUUUUAUUGUUUUCGAACGAAUAUUGUGUAUUUUUAUUAAUUUUUAAUUUAAUUUGCCAACUUUUUCAUCACUCAGCGCAAUUGUUUUCCACUAUGAAUUUCCUUUUAUAAAUACUAGUACGCCUUUUUUAUUUUAUUUUUUAUAUAUAUUUUGGUUAUAACUUAGUUUAAAAUAAAAAUAAAAAAACAAAAAAAUAAAACAAAAAAUCAAGAAAAAAGAAUUAAAUGAUUUUCUGAAUAAACUCUGUUUUGUUAUUAUAAAUAGAAGAAUACAAGUAACAACAUUAAGAAAUUGACUGAUUUUACAAUACUAUGAAAUAUGAGCUAACGAUACUUUCAUUUAAAUACUUUAGAGAUAAUUGUUCUUAGAUUAAAAACAAUAUUGUGUAAGGCAUAUGUUCUUUUUGACGAAAUUUCAGCAAUAAUUAUACCCAAUAAAACUCAAAUAAGUUUUAAGCCAGGAAGGAUGUAAAUUACUUGUUUCCUUUCUGAUACAUAUUUUUAAUGUUUGUUUUUAAUUUAUAAUGAACACAGUGCCUAAGUAAUCAAAUAUCUAUUCAAGGACAUUGUUACUAAUAUAAAAAAAUAAGUGUAAACUCCUUCAGAGUUGUGUUGAAUUUACUUAAUAACAUAAAAAUAGUAAUAAAAAUAAAAUAAGUGAUUAGCUCAGUAAACACCCAGAAUAAAUUCGUAAUUUUUACAUGGACAUUUAUAAUUCUAAUUCUUUUUAACAAAAAAAAAAUGUUUGCAACCAGAGACUUACUUUAUUUUUUUCUUUUAAUGUACGUAUUUAUAAAUAUUAAUUAAUGUUUUAAUUCGAACAUACAAUAUAUAUGGUUUAUUUAAUAAACAUUUCAGUUUGGUGAGUGUUUGAAGUGGA